UUUUUUGUUAAUUCUCUUUGCUUCUAUUUCACAAUUAGUACAAAUUAAAUUUUAUUCUCAAUCUAAAUUAAUCAUCAAACUGUCAACUCUACUCUCCAUCAUAUCAUCAAAUGUUCACCUUUAUUAUUUAUUGAAAUCUGGAAGAAACAAAAAGAGAAACAAAAAUCUGACCCAAUCCAAAUCAUCAUCUUUUUUAGUGCUCCAUUUGUUACCCUUACCAAUGUUUACAUCUUAUACUCUGAUUUAAACCCAAAAAUUAUCUCUCUCUCUCUCUCUUAAUGGUAACACAAAUUAAAUGUUGUAAGAUUGGAAAUUUGAACAACAAUUAUGUUAAUCUAUUGACUAUAUUUGUGAUUUGAUUGGAAAUUGUAAUGUUAAAGAAAACAUUAGUAAAUGUAGUGUAUGAUCAACAAGAGGAGCAGCAACAUCAACAUCAUCAUCAUCAGCAACAACAACUACAGAAGCAGCAACAGCAAGAGCAACAAUCAUCGUCGUCAUUAUUUUCUCCAUCAACAGAACCAGUAGAAGCUGAAAUACCAGCAAGAGUGGAAGCAACACCAACAACCUUAACAUCAAUACCAUCAACAUUUUCUGCGUCAACAAAAAGUAACAAAGAACGGAAUCAAUUUUUCUUAAUCAGUAUUAUUCUUGGUGUCAUUAAAUUUAUUCUCAAUUCUUCCUACUAUGCCUACAACAUUUAAUGGGUCAAUUGCUCAGCGUUACCCGAUUUGUGAAGAUAUUUACAAGUAUAAAUAUGAAUCUCGAGUGAAAAUUGGCCAAGGAACUUAUGGUGAAGUGUUCAAAGUGAAACAUCGUCAUACUAAUCAAUAUGUUGCUAUAAAAAGGAUUCUAUUGGAAAAGGAAAAGGAAGGUUUCCCGCUCACAACUAUUAGAGAAAUAAAAAUUCUUCAAAUAUUGAAGAAUGAGAAUAUUGUUAAUUUAAUUGAGAUUUGCAGAGGUGAGUCACAAGCCUAUCACAGUUCUGGAAGGCCACCAGGACCUACUUCUUUUUACUUGGUUCUUGAUUUCUGUGAUCAUGAUUUGGCUGGUUUAUUGGCUAAUGAUAAUGUCCAGUUUAACCUUGCUGAGAUUAAAAGUGUUAUCCGUCAGCUUUUCAAUGGACUUUGUUACAUUCAUAGUAAAAAGAUUCUCCAUCGAGACAUGAAAUCAGCUAAUGUUCUCAUUACGCGUUCUGGUGUUUUAAAAUUAGCCGAUUUUGGCCUUGGUCGUAUAAUGAAUGAAACCGAUGAAAAUUAUACCAAUAGGGUGGUUACUCUUUGGUAUCGUCCUCCAGAACUUUUACUUGGAGCCCGUAGAUAUGGACCUUCUGCUGACCUUUGGGGUGCAGGGUGUAUAAUGGCCGAAAUGUGGACUCGAUCUGCUCUUUUACCAGGAAACUCUGAAGCGGAACAAUUAAAUUUGAUUUGUAAAUUAUGUGGUUCUAUUUGUCCCGAUGUUUGGCCUGCUGUUAAACAAUUAGAUUUGUUCAAUAAAUUGGAACUAAGUCAGGGACAAAAACGACGAGUAAAGGAUCGCCUAAGCACCUUUGUUAUGGAUACAAAUGCACAUGAUCUUCUAGACCGACUACUUACCUUGGACCCAUGUCAACGGAUCGAUGCUUCAGAUGCUUUGAAUCACGAUUUCCUUUGGACUGAACCAUUGCCCGGUGAUUUGAGUAGAGUAUUAUCACAAUUUAACCAAUCCAUGUUUGAAUAUUAUAAAAAUUCACGGCGAAGGCGAAAUCCACGACCAAAGAUUGAUAAACAAAAUCGUACCAGAGUAUUUUAAGUUCAAUUGCAACUUACAAUUAUCUCUUUUAAUCUAUUCUAUUUUUAAUUAAUUUUUUUCCAACUAAUCUUUUAGGCGUCAUCAUCAUCAACCAUUUUUGCUAUUAUUUUUCAAUUUGAACCUCUACAACACCUCCAACUCAUCAACAACAAAUUGUACCUUUAAUUUUUGCAACACCAACAAAUAAUUUACCUCAUCAACUAAUUAUUAUACAAAACAAUUAAGCCUUCGAACCCAUUCAAGUGACUUCAAGUGUUCCUUGCCAGUUUUAAUUUAAAUGAUGUUUAUGUGAUUACCUUUUACCUCUUAAUUAACUUUUUUUCUUCCUCUCUCUCUCUCUCUCCUAAUUUUUAUUUGAUUUAUUUUUGUUUCAAUGUGUAUUCAGCAACAAUCAAUUAAUUCAACUUGCUUUUACCUCGUUAAUGCAUUGGAAAUAUACACAUGAUGAAUUUUUUUAUAUAUACACAAUCAACAAUCAUCAACGAUCAGUAUCAAUGACAAACAAUAUUUUCUGGACCAUCAAAUUUGUACAAAAGAAAACAAAUCAACUGCAUUUUUCAAAUUGAAAAUAAAUCCUUUUUCAUGACAAUUUAAAA